GCCUCAUAUAUCGAGGGGAGCUGUCCAAGUGCUGAAAACAGAAGAGAUCAGCACCGCUCCUGAGGAGAUGCCAUACACCUUCACUGCUGUCUGAGCUUCAUAGCCAAAGGUAAUAAAUUGCCUAUAAUGCUGCAUUUCCACCACAAGUUGCCCGCGGGGGGAGCCGUGGUCCUGCUCGCCUUCCUCCUCCAUGGAUGCGCUGUGCAGGCUGCGUCUCUCCCCCGCCACUACAGGCUCCGAGGCGGGGAGAGUGAGGGGCAGCCGGCUGCUUACCCACCCAGCUCCGACAUGAUCAAAGCCCUGGAGUACAUUGAGAACCUGAAGCAGCGGAACGGGGGCCGACCUGAACCCGUGGAUUAUGACGAAGUGGACAAGUUCAGGGUGCUGCUUCAGCUCGCCUCGCAGCAGGACGAGAACCCCGGGGACCGUCAGCCUGCCCCCGGCAUGCAGAGGCAGGACAUUACCGCUGAGCAGCUGAUGAAAGCCCUGCUCAAGUCUCUCCAGGAUCGUGCCGGGAAGGAGGCGAAGCUCAGCCCCGUCUCGGCGCCCAGGAACGACCGCCGCACGCACAGGCACCGCACCAAAGAAACUGAAGUCCCCGAGAGCGCACCGGCAGACUACGGUAAUUUCCCCAGACCCCACAAGAAAUACCCGCUGAUGUUUGAGGACGAGGAGAACACAGACGCUUCCAAGCGGGCCACAGAGGACCUGGACGAGCAGUACACGCCCCAGAGCCUCGCCAAUUUACGCUCCAUCUUUGAAGAGCUGGGGAGGAUGCCCACCAUCGCCGGCCAGAAGAGAGACGUGUUCGGGGACGACGAUGAUGAGGAAGAGGACGGGUUCAGCCUGAGGAGCCAGGCCUACGAGGACGUGGCCGGAGGAGAGGAGUGGGUGCCCGUGGAGGAGAGGGAGGAGACUGAGGAGAUGGUGAACGGGAGCCACGAAGAGAUGGACAGGGCGCUCGGUGAGCAGGAGGAAGCAGAGAGGGAGGAGAUGCAACGCCGGGCGAACCAAGAGGAGGCUGAUGAUGACACCAAGCUGGUUGAUUACUACCUGUUGAAGGUGCUGGAGAUGAGCGACCAGACGCAGAAGCGGGAUAAGACCGGGGAGCAGAGGAAGAGGCUGAUCCGUCCCUCCAUCGUGGAUCCCCGGACUGUAAAGGAGCUGCUCCAGCUCUCCCUGAAGCUCCACGUCCCUCCACAGGACCUUAUCGAUAUGCUGCUCACAGAGGAGCUCAGGAAGCUCCACCGUGAACCCCAGACUUCAACUCGCUACACCACCGGCACGACCCCAAAGAUCAGGUACUACAGCCGCAGACUGCCGCUGAAGAGCAAGCCCGCCGCCGCUCCUGAUGACAUGGACAGAGAGGACUUUUUAGACAUCAUCGGCGUGGAGACGAUCAGCAACGAGUACCCCGUGGUGCAGAGACCCAUGAAGACCUCUCCAUCCUCGGACAGGAUCCCAGUGGCGUCCAAUCCUGUUGCAAAUUCAGGCCCGGUUAAAAUCCCUCCUCCCUCCGGGCGCAGGGAGAAUCUCUUUUUAUCCGAGCUCAACAAAAUGCCCCUGAAACGUCAGGCUGAUGUCGCAGAUGAUGAAGAUGACGACGGCGACGUGGAAGACGAGGUGACCACCUACCUGGCGGCCAAAAUCCUCACAGAGUACCCCAACACCAUCACCAAGCGGGACACCCAGGCGCAGCUGAAGGGACAGUUCCCCUACGAGCUGUACGAGCGCGUCAUGAAGGACUACUUGGGCCAAGCGGACGCUGAAAAGAGGCCAGUGUCCAAGAGGGAAACCGAGGUGGCCACAGAGGAGAAAAUUGAGCCCACAGAGAUGCAGGGGAGAGAGGAGCUCACGGCCAAGACCUCGGCUCCACAGACCGUAAAUGAAGAGGAGGAGAAGGAGCACCGUGAGAAAACAGCGGCUGCGAUGUAGCCCGGCGCCCCAAGACGCACGAAAUUAUGAAUAUAGUAUUUAUACUGUCUCAAAAAUAAAGUUUGGUGGACGUGAUCUAGUUUACAGAUUUCUAUCAUAUGAACUAUAGCUGGUAAUAUCACCCUAACGAAAAUGAACUAUAGCAAUCUUACAGGUUCGAAAACAUUUUUAAAACAAGUCCCUAUACUUGCUGCAAGAACAUUAUAGAAAUAUUAUAUUGAUAUCAUAGAUUAAAGGUGCAAUCCGUGCAUCAACAAAAACACAACAAAAGUAUCCUCGUUUGAUUUGUCACUCUCAGAUUGCCAAUUAUAUCAAAUCACAAUGAAAUCCAACUUAUUAAAGUUUUGUGAUGUUGUUGACGGUUUGUUUACGUUAAUGGUGUUUGUAAACAGGCCUAUAUUUUCAAUUAUAAUCAGCAGAGUGAUGGUAAAAACGCUUAUUUUUCAUCUAUGUCAAACUAUUCGAUUGCAUAUGUUAAUAUAUAUCUGUAAAUGAUAAAGUAUAAUGCUGACUGGGCCUUUAAACACACACAGUAUGGUGACAGGAGUACUAUAGGAAUAUUAUAGGGACUUUUCGUUAGGGCAGCGUGCUGGGCUGAGAACGAGUGUUGUUGUGACUCGUGAUAUAUUCAGGGUUAGUGGAUUUAAUGUUAUUAUUACUAUUAUUAUGGAUAAUUAUUUCCAAGUCUAAAUAUCAGACCGUCGCCUGCCUUCCAACCCUUUCAUACUACGAAGCUCUGUAUUUGUUGGCCUACCAGUGGUUGUGCUAUGUAUGCUCAUUUUUAAACCAUUUUGUACAUGUUCAAUAAUGUGUGAUGAAUCACAGAUGAAUAAAGCAUCAGCGGUAUUAU